CUUGAGAUUUUCAAUGGCAUUGCUGUCUAUAGAGGCCUCACUGAGCCAUCGAAUUUAAUCAAAAUAUCUUAAUUUGUGUUCGGAAGAUGAACGAAGGUCUUACGGGUGUAGGUGACCACCAUCAAACAAACCAAAUGUGGGACGAUUACUAAGUUUGUGUGGGACAUGUUACCAACACUAAAACACAACCUGAAGCUGUUAUAUAAUGUCUAUCUAACUUAAUAAAAACAAACAAACAAAAACUUUUACACGAUUAUUAGUAACCAGAAAAGCAGUUCAAAACAAUAUGCCUGUUAUAACAUUAGUGUGACUUUACAAAAGCACAUUACAUUACAAAAGUAAAACAACAUAAAUAGGCCUAUAAGAAGAUAAAUAUUUAACAGCAUUUAACACAUAUUUUUUAACAUUAUUGAAUUUAAUAAUUUAAUUUUCACAAGCAGUUUUUAGCUACUGUAUACAGAAAGUACAACUGUUUUAUCGUUUAACUAUUUUUUACUAUUAUUUUGCAUUUUAGACUCAUUUUAAGCACAAAGUAGGCUACGUGUAUUAUUUUAUUUUAUUUUUUAUUUAUUCAUAUAGCCUAUGAGUGUACCUUCACCACGUAGUUAAGACGUGUGUGGAAAUUGCUGCGUUAUGACUGCGGAACUUAUGUGGACGUUUAAAAUUGUGCAAAACAAUCUUGCACCCUGUUUAGGCUCUGUUAUAAAACAUACAAACAGUAUGAAUAGUUAAUAUGUUACUAACCUUGAAACCGAUAACGCUGUUUAUUUUUAUAUUUGACGAUAAUGGCGCUUAUUUGCUCUGGUCCAGAUCCUGAGUACGUUCCUCGUGAAGUACCGGCGCGCGCGACCAAGUGUAGAACAUGGAGAACAUGAUCACUAAUUUCUCCAGCAGGCUGCUGUGCUCGUCAGUCUUUUUGCAAUGUAUGUGGGUUGAUUUUGAACGAGCUGUAAAACCAAGUCCAACUCGCUCCACAUUUGGAUUGACGGCCGUCACAACCUACUGACCGUGCUUACUCCUUUCUUUUCAACCAUUGGAUUCGGCUGUUGUAUUUGUGUAAGGUCUAUUUCUGUUUGAAGUGACAAAACCUCAAACAUCACUGAUGGCUGUGCGACUGAAACAUCACCGCUACAUCACCGCGCUCCUGGGCUCCUCAGCCAUCCUGUCAUUCCUGUACUUUCAAAACUCAGCAAUGGUUUUGAUGGACAGUUCUCACGGUUUAGUCUCAGAGCGAGCUCCGUGCGCAUGCGGGAACUGUGUGACAGACCAAGGAAAUAGUAGAUGGUUCAGUGACCGUUAUAAACCCACCGUUCCACUUCUGCUCAACAGCAACAACAGUGUUUUACAUGCAGACGUCUCCAGGUGGUGGAAGGAGCUUCAAGAUGUACCAAAUGUCAGCAACUACACAGCUGUGGUGGACCAGCUGUUUUCUCUCUUCCCCGAUGAAGAUGCUGGUCCAGAUCGUGGCAGAACCUGUGCGGUGGUGGGAAACUCUGGGAACCUCCUGGGAUCUCACUAUGGGCCUCUCAUAGAUUUCCAUGACUUUGUCAUAAGAAUAAAUAAAGGCCCGACAAAACAUUACGAGAAGGAUGUGGGGUCCAAGACCACUCACCGGAUUAUGUAUCCUGAGAGCGCCAUGGACUUGGACAACUCCACCCAUCUGGUGCUUUUUCCCUUUAAGAUUCUGGACAUGCAGUGGCUUUUCAGUGCUUUCACCACUAAGAACAUAACACAAACAUACACAGAAGUUCCAUCAACAAUCAAAGCAAAUAAGGACAAGGUGAUGAUCCUCCACCCUGAAUUCAUGAGAUAUGUAUAUGAUAACUGGACAGAAUGUCAUGGCAGAUAUCCAUCUACUGGAUUCUUAACGCUGAUAUUCGCUCUUCACAUCUGUGAUGAGGUGAAUGUUUUUGGGUUUGGAGCUACGAGUAACGGAAACUGGCAUCAUUAUUUUGAUGAAACUUUGACUCCAUUUGAAAAUGAUUCUCAUGCUGGAGACUUUGAAAAUAAAACAAUCAGUCGGCUCCAACAGGAAAAGAAGAUUUUGUUGUACAGGGGUUGGACAUGAAGCAGGUUCUUGGAGAAACUCUACCGUUGUACUGCACAAUAUUGCAUUGCAAUAGCGAUUAUUGAAUUUUGCCGAUUUGUGUGGCAGAGACUUUAAGGUCAUAUUCAUCUUGAGAGGUGCAAGAGAUCAACUUUUCUGAAGCUGAGCUCCACUAUCAGCAUCAACUGAAACUGUGGCAUUAGCGGAUUGAUUUUUCGGUCCUGCUUUAUAUUGGGUGCCUUUACUAUGUACUAACAUUUAAAUUAAUUAUGGUGUACAUACGUGUUUUUUCAUUGUAGCUAUAUUUAAAAAAUAAUAAUAAUAAUUAUAUUUAUUUAUUAUUUGUGUGUGUGUGUAAGUACAUAGUAGUUAAACACAAUAAAUGGAAAGUGUGACCCAUUUUCUUCAUUUUCUUUCAUUUUCUCACCACAUACUUUUCAGGGAAACUGACUCACAAAAGUGUUGUGUUUUUUUUUCUUCUGAAUAUUAACCUGGAGUAGCAGGGCUCCAGACUAACAUUUGAGGGCAGUAGCCCCGGUGCCACUAAGUUUUACAGAUGGCAGCACCAACACCUGAUUUGUUAGCACUACUAUAUUAUCAUACUGAACUGACUGAUACCUUGAGUGAUUAUAAAAGGAGUGUUCAUUACUUACUUUCUGUGUAAUUCACUCGCAAUUUGAAAUAAAAAUUUUGUUUUUCUUGA